GAGGCCUCUAGACUUGACUCGCAUCCAUGCUUCUCAAAUUGAGCUCCAAAGUAGGCUUGACAAACACGUUGCCAGACUUGGCCAUUUUCAGGCAAUUUCCCAGUUUUGCCAUAGCCUUUUGGUUAGGUUCAAAAAUGGUCUUCUGAACUUUCUAUUGAGCUCCCAAGUACUUUAAUGUGUAGAGGGACACUUCAGCUUCAAAACAAGCCCUUAAUAUCCAAUUUCCAUCUAGCCAAUUGUAAGAUAUGAAUCUCCAAAGUAGACACCAUGAAAUUGUUUUUACACUGAAACAACAUAUUAGGUCGACCUAAUCCUACAUGAGGUCGACCGAAAAGUGCAUGUCACCGUGACAUGCAUGUCACCGUAGCAAAGUCCAAAGUUUUGUUAUCACAAGAGGUGACAAAAUGCCUAAUACUAACUUAUUUAGGUAUUUUUUGUGCUUAUUCAGCCAUGUGUUUAUUUACGCAAUAUUAUGCUAAUUUAUGUAAGAGUGUAAGUUAUUUACGUAAAUGAAAAUUCAGAAUUUGUUCUCUGAUAAUUUGUAUUGGCUAUAUUUUAUGGAAUUAAAUUUGGAUUCUCAAUUAAUAUGUAAAAAUGUGUUGCACUUAUUAUAAUUUAGACAAUAAUAUUCAUUUUGAUAUAUUUCAAAGUUUAAUAUUUAAUUUUACAAUGGUGUGAAUAAAUAUGAGAUUGUAGGACUAAACAGUAUUGGUUGCUCCAACGAAAAAAAAAAUUGGUUGUAUGAAUAAUCAACGCUCUUGUGUGAAUAACACCAAUAUAGCAUGAAUAAAUUCAAAUUUACAUAGAUAAAUAACGUGUUUUGUUUCGUCUUUAGAGGUGACAAAAGACUUUCUUUAAAAACACAGGGUACGACGGGUGAGCUUUCGCACUAGCGAUGGCAACAAAACUCGAACCCACGGGUACCCUCUCCGACCCAACCCGGUCAACGCGGGUAAAACCCGUGUUAACAGUUUUUGGGCCGAGUUCGGGUUUAAACACGUUGAUUAUUUACCGGGUUGGGUUUGGGUUUGGGUAAACCCGCCCCAUGGGUACCCGUCCACACCCAUAUAAUUAAUUUUUUUGGUAUAUUAAAUAUUCAAAACAACUAAUCUUCUUUAUGUUUGUGGAAUGUGGAGACAUGUCUAAUUUUUUCUUUCGAAUUGUGUAGAGUGAAGUUGAUAUUAUCAAGUGGAGAGUGAAGAAGCUUAAUUGACAAGGAGGAAGAAGUUUUCAAUUAAUCAUGUUGUUUAUGAAUUAUUUGUGAUUUGCUUCAAUUUUCUAGAUUGGUGUUGAACAAUUUGUAUGGUUGAUUUGUGAUUUACUUGAAUUUUCUAAAAUGGUGUUUUAUAUAUGGAUAAUUUGUAUUGAGAGAUUGAUAUUUGACUUUUAUUUUGAUAGAAACUUAUUAUUGUAAAUUUUUUGUGACAAAAACCCAUGGGUACCCAUGAACCCGUGGAUACCCAACGGAUUGGGUUCGAUUUGUGUUUUUAAAACCCAGUGGGUUUUACCCCAGAUUUUUUUCACGGAUAAACCCAUGAAUUUAGGUUUAGGUUUAGCUUUAGGUUUGGCAAAACCCAACCCGACCCAUUAUCAUCAUUCAUCCCUAUUCCGCACGGCCCAGUCAAAACGCACCGGUUUAACUACAAACGUAAACCAUUCGAUUCCAUUCGUUCACAAAUCACAAUUCACAAAUCACAACUCACAAAUUCUGCUCCCCGACAACAAAAGUUGGAGAAAUCCGUAACGGACCACCGCCACUAGCUUCCGCCUCCUUCCGACGGCCGGAAGAAAAGGCGAAAAAAUGGGGACUUUCGCUUUUUGCCUUUCUUCUCUCACUCCAAUUCCUCCACUUGAAAACAACGUUUUCUCCCGCCCGCACGCCCGAAACCCCACCCGCUUCCCUUCGAUUCGGGCUCGGGGCUCCAACUCCGGAACAGGGGACGCCGUCGCCGCCGAUGCCGAUUCUUCUCCCCACGCUGUCCUCGGCGUCGAACCGGGAUGCUCCGCCGCGGAGCUCAAGUCCGCCUUCCGAGAAAAAGUGAAGCAGUUCCAUCCCGAUGUAAUCGGCGGCGGGGGGAAGGGCUCCGAUAUCAUGAUUCGCCGCGUAAUUGAAGCGUAUCAGAGCUUAUCCUCCUUAAGCCGAUCAGAGAUCAUCGAGAGAGAAUGUUUGGAUCCAUUCGACGACCCAGAGUGUGAAGCGUUUGAUAUAUUUGUGAAUGAAUCUGCCUGUUUUGGUAAAGCUUGUCCAUAUUCAUGCGUAGAAAGAGCGCCACACGCCUUCACGUUUUCUUCACUGGGCACCGCCAGAGCAACAUCUCAAGGUCAUGGUGAAGAUUACCAAGUUCAGAUGGCGGCGGGCCAGUGUCCUAGAAGCUGCAUUCAUUACGUGACGCCAUCGCAGAGAAUCAUCCUAGAAGAGUUACUGGACAGCAUUCUCGACGUACCAUACGACUGCUCAGCAGAAUCUGAACUGCUGUACUCACUCAUCGUCAAAGCGAGAUUUGAGAACAAUCGGUUCCAGAAGCCAAAGAACAAGCAGCCAAAGACAUCAACAAAGCAUGUAGAUUGGUAUUAAAGUUUCAAGCUUGUACAAGCAGCAUCAUUGCAAAACUCAAUGACUGUAAGGUAAGAUAACAGCAUCCUUACUGAUCACAAACGGCUGUGUUUCUGUGUGGGUGUACACAUAUAAGCUAGCUACUUUGAUAUGACUCUCAUGAAUCUGUUUAUGGAAGGGAAAAUACUAGCAGCUGUGCUGAAGAAAGAUUGACCCUCAGAGUUUUCUCCUCCAUUCCCAAAUAUUAUGUGCAGAACAGAGUGAAAGCAACAAUGUUACCAUUUGUUCUGUCCCUGUUCCCUGAUAUACUGAAUUUAUCAUUAUGCUGGUGGAACUAACCUCGAUUUCGUCAACAUCAGGGCGCUUUAUGAACUCUUUAGCAAGUAGAUAUCGGUUAGGCCUCUCUUUGUCAUCAAAAAACACAUUCCACAAUCUGGUAAACAAAUCAGAGUACAGAAA